AUGGCGAGGGGACAACAAAAAAUCCAAUCCCAACAAAAAAACGCUGAGAAACAAGCAAAAUUGAAAAAGGCACAAGGGUCCGAUCAAAAAAAGUCAGCUCAAGCUGCUCUCGUUUACUCUUGCUCGGUUUGCAAAGCCCAAAUGCCUGAUGCCAAAACAUACAAGCAGCACUUUGAAAACAAACAUCCCAAAAGUGCUCUGCCAGAUGAAUUGAAAGAUGUUACAGCUUAA